AUGUGCACUAAUCAACUUACAAAGACUGCUAGGUAUACAUGUAGCAGCGGCAUUAGCAAUUUCGCACACAAACGUGCAGCUGCAGCGUCAGCGAUUCCGCAGGCAAACGUGCAGCUGCAGCGUCAACGAUUCCGCAGGCAAACGUGCAGCUGCAGCGUCAACGAUUCCGCAGACAAGCGUGCAGCUGCAGCGUCAGCGAUUCCGCAGGCAAACGUGCAGCUGCAGCGUCAGCGAUUCCGCAGAGACGGUUUUAUGCCAAAAUUAAAUUAUGGAAUGCGAAGAGAAAUUUCGAAAUGCAAAUCGAAAGAUUCACUUGAACAUUUCGUUGAAAAAAAGGACUACGCAACGCUUUCUUUUCUCAAAAAAAUUUGCACUUCCGCAGCCGAAAUCAGCCGAAAUCGGCGAAUUUUAAGUUCGCUGCACAAAUAA